ACUUGGUUGCAGGAUGUCGUGGGUGGUGGACAUGGAGAAGAAGCUCGAGGACGCCGAGCAGCCAGACAAGGUUGAGAGAUGGCCGAGGCACUGCAUCGUCCGCGUCCCAUUGCGCUUCAAGAUGGUCGAUGGCAGCGUAUACAAGCCACGGACGGUCUCUCUAGGCCCAUUCCACCACGAUGACGUGGAGCUGAAACCCAUGGAGAUGCACAAGCUGAGGGCCGUCCGUCACCUCCUUCAUCGGGACAGCUGCAAGACUACCCUUGCCGAGCUUGUUGCCGCCGUGGAUGAGGUGGCGGACGAGCUGGAGGACUCCUACAUGGACCUGGGUGACGAGUGGCGGGGCCAGAAGAACAGGGGCAAGUUUCUAGAGAUGAUGAUCAGUGAUGGCUGCUUCCUGCUGGAGGUGAUGAGGGCCGCCGCAAGGAAGCGGUCCAUUCCCAAUGACUACGCGCACGGCGACCCCGUCUUCAGCAGGGACGGCAUCCAGCAGAUCAAGCCCUUCGUCCAGCGCGACAUGCUCAUGGUCGAAAACCAGCUGCCACUGAGGUUGCUCGAGAGGAUAGUCGCCGCGGAGGAUGGCACAUCUCCGAGCGCAGCUUCCAUAAACUCCAUGGUGCUCAAGUUCCUGGAAAGGGAAGAUGCCCCUGAAGAGAUCGUCCUGGGACUCCACCCGCUCGAUAUCUACCGGACGAGCCGACUCAAGCACAAAAGUCAGAGGAAGAGUAACAGAAAGGUUCUUCACAGAGGCAUGCCGACGGCACCGACAACAGAGGAGGUCAACAUGGUUCGCCUGCAGAGAGCGGUGCCCAGAUCCGCGUGGACCCUGUACAAGUCCGGAAUCCGGUUCCUGCCUAGCGGGACGAGCUGCCUUGACGACAUCGAUCUGGUUAACGGGAGGCUCUACAUGCCCAGUGUCCUGCUGGACGACUCCACCGUCUACAGGGUCCUCAACAUGAUGGCGUUCGAGGCGAUCCAUGUCGGCACCCGCGACGACGUGACGGCGUACGUGUUCUUCGUCAAGGACUUGGUCGACUCGGCCCAUGACGUGCGCCUGCUGGCGAGGAAAGGGAUCCUAGAGCACAACCUUGCGGACGACGACGCCGUGGUGAGGCUCUUCAACCGCCUCACCGCGGACGUGUCACAGAACUGGGAGAGUCAGCUUUCCCGCGUGCGCAUGAACGUGGAGCACCACUACCGCUCCAACCACCACAGGAACGGCGUGCACGUCUUUCUGUACGAGUCGUGGGCCAACCUCAGGAGCAAGUACCUCAGGAGCCCGUGGACGCUCCUUGGCCUCCUCACCGCAACCUUGCUCCUCGUCGCUGAAAUCGUGCAGGCCGUAUAUGCAGUCAAAUCCUACUAUGAACCUGACAAGGGCAAUUAAUCCCAAAAUGCGCUCGGAGAAUGCUUCUCUUUUUGUGUGUGUGUCUGUCUAAGUCACCCUCGAGUGAGUCUUUUCUUUUCUCAAGUCCUAGUCGAUUUUACAAAUUUGUUCACGUAUAUGUAUAUCUUACAAAAU